AUGGCUCCAUUUCGCCCAUUUUGCCAUCAUGAUCGUCGAGCGAUUGCAUGUUUGGGGUCCGUUCAAUGGUACUGCCCAGGUACUGGGUACCUUCCUGACGCUAGGUCCCAGUGUGCCUGGGCGGGUACAGGGUACGCCAGCGUCCCCACUGACUCGGAACCACUGGGUCUGGCAGCUGGAGCCACGGGUGGGAUGAGAUUGGCCGAUGGAUUGUGCCUGGCGUCUGCCGGGCAGUACAAUCGGGCGGAUUAG